AUGAUCUCAGACGAACGAAUGUCGAAGCCUAUGGAUAUACCAAAAAAACGGAAGUACUAUCAGGAUGAACUUGGCGACAGAGUUGGUGAAUAUAACCCUCAAAUUGGGACAAGGCAUGGCAGGCAUGGCUCUAGAGGAUUCCAAACGAUAUGUGACACGAUGGAUAUACAAACGGCAGCGACAUUGAAGGCGAUGAAAACAGCUUGGAGAAUUGAGCCAUGCAAAAGCAAUCAUGAAAAGUUGAAGGAUGUGAAUCCUUGUGGAAGUGUAAAGAUAGCGAAAAAUAUCUUGACUAGUAUGGGCAAUGAGGACAUUGACGAAGGCGAAAUGGCGGAUACCGAAGACCUUAACGAGACGACCUGGAGGAAACAUCAAUCGACGCGGCGUAAAAACUCAGCGUAA